UUAGCGUGCUAGUUAGUCUGUGGCGCACCUGCAGUGACGGUCGGAUGCGAGCGCUCUGUGUUGUUACAGGAAAUCGUGAAACUUUAUAACAAGACGUAUUAUAAAGUUAUUUGAAAUUCAUACGAACUGAAAUCUUUGCUGAUAUGCGACAUAGUGUAUUUCCAAAAGCGGUUUCGUCGUCCUGUGCUAAACAUGCCAGGCGCAAAAUAUGAACAGCUGUCGUUGAAGUCUGACGCUGAUGAAGACGUGUUUACAACGAAACCGAAGCCGAAAUGGUCAGAAGUGUGCGUGCAGAAGAGCCUGCUGUCGCUCGGACUCAUCCUGCUGUACUUCUCGCUGUCCAUAGGCCUCACCUUCUAUCAGAGAUGGCUGUUAACGGACUUCAAGUUCCCGCUCACCGUGGUGAUGUACCACCUCAUAGUGAAGUGGAUGCUGUCCGUGGUGGUGCGGCUGGUGCUGCAGGUGGUGACGGGCAGCGCGCCGCUGCUGCUGCCCUGCAUGACGUGCCUGCGCUCCGUGGGGCCCACCGGGCUCGCCAGCGGCAUCGACGUCGGCUUCUCUAACUGGGGGCUCGAGCUCGUCACCAUCUCCCUCUACACCAUGACCAAGUCCACUACCAUCAUAUUUAUACUUGGCUUCGCGAUACUGCUCGGUUUGGAGAAAAAGUCGUGGUCCCUAGUGGGCAUCGUGCUGAUGAUAGCGGCCGGCCUCAUCAUGUUCACGUACAAGGCGACGCAGUUCAACCUCCUCGGCUUCAACUUCCUGCUGCUGGCCAGCUUCGCGGCUGGCCUCCGCUGGACCUUCGCGCAGCUCCUCAUGCAGAAGUCCAAGCUGGGGCUGCACAACCCCGUCGACAUGGUGUUCCACGUGCAGCCCUGGAUGUUCGUGUCGCUGCUGCCGUUCACAAUCAUGUUUGAAGGUCUGUCGGCAAUAGAGGCCUACACAAUUAAAUUAACAGGCACAGUGGAGUUGGGGAACCAGCUGUCGAAGAUUUUCAAAGAAAUGUACCAACAGCUGGCGGAAAAUGGCUACUUUCCCGACCAAAUAAACCUGCAAGACACGCGGAAUUCAAACGGAGCACCUCCUUUCGACCUAUCAGAGAUGGCGGGACAAUUCGCAGAAUUUGAAGAACUGAAGAAACACGUCAAAAAGCCAAAAACGAGUAAAGAGGUAAAGGUAGAUAAAGCAGAGAAAACUGAUAACAUGCCGAUCUUAGACAAAAUGAUGAAGAACGAUCUGGAGAAACUUCAUCUAUAUGGUUUGCAUAAAGUGGAAGAUAAACGGGGUAAUGGGGAACCUUUGAAUAACAUUAAUAUAUAAUUAUUUUGAAGGAAAUUAAAUAGCUAUUAUACAUAUG